AUGGUGAAUUCUGAAGCUAUUGACAGCGCUUCCUCUGUCUCGACGGCACGGUACCUCUUGGCGUGUGUGUUGUUUGUGACGUACCUUGUCAUUCUAGGGGUCGCGUACAAUGGAGUCUGGCAAAUAAUGCUCAACUUCAGAUAUCUGAAGGGCAAGAAAACCAGACAAGAACGGGAGAUUGGUAUGAAUGAAUCCUUGGAAGGGGUGUCAAUCAUUCGUCCUCUCAAGGGAAUAGAUCCGGAAAUGAGUUCGUGUCUUGAAUCUUCAUUUGUUCAAGAUUAUCCACUGGAUCGAUUUGAGAUUCUCUUUUGUGUGGAUGAUCCUAAUGAUACGUGUAUUCCUAUAGUGGAGAGCCUUUUAAAGAAGCAUUCACAUAUUAGUGCGAGAAUCUUAGUUUCGCAGAAUUAUAACGAAGUUCUGAGGACUUCUGAUGAACAUUUUGGACCUAACCCCAAAGUGAAUAAUUUAGCGAAGGGGUUCCUUGCCGCAAAGUACGAUAUUGUAUGGGUUAUGGACUCUAAUGUAUGGGCAUCAUCUCGCGUUUUGAAAAGAUCAGUGAGGUGUAUGCAACAAAACAUUGAUAAUGGUAGACCAGUGCAUGGGAAACGGUCUGUGAAAUUGGUCCAUCAUGCACCAAUGGCCAUCAGUGUAGCAGAUACAGAGUAUAGUUUAAGCCCUAUAUCUAGUGGUAGUAAUUUUGCUUCUUCAGGUAGCAAUGGACAUCACAAAAGGAUAUUAAAGAAAUUUGGUGCUAAACUUGAUGAAAUGUUCUUAUUAACAUCUCAUGCCAAAUUUUAUACAUCAUUUAAUAAUCUUUCCGUGGCACCAUGUGUCAAUGGGAAAUCUAAUCUUUAUAGACGUUCUGAUCUUGAUCAUGCGGUAAGUCAGAUCCCUAAAAGAGGCCAUAGCUCGGCCUUUUUUAAUUCUCCUGAGGUAUUGAAAGAUGCAUUCCAUUUCACUUCUUUAGGCCCUGGACAUGCCAUUAAAUUCUUCUCGCGUUAUAUCGGUGAGGACAAUAUGAUUGCUAUUUGUCUCUGGGAAAAUGUUCUCGGUAGAACGGGAAUGACUGGUGAUGUGGUUGUACAACCAUUAAGUGGAGAAGACAACCUGGUUAAUGAUUACUUUGAAAGAAGAACCAGAUGGUUGAGAGUGAGGAAGUAUAUGGUUCUUGCAGCCACUUUACUCGAACCUGCUACAGAAUCUAUUUUAAGUGGGAUAUAUGGUAAUUUUGCCAUUACAACACUUUUCGGACUUGGAGCUAAGGAUAAUCAGUAUUUCUAUUGGCCCCUUUUCCUUAUUCAUAUGAGUAUUUGGAUUACUACAGAUUAUAUCCAAUAUUAUGUUCUUAUAGAUAGUGCAGUACACAGUGAUAAAUUGGAACUACUCCCAGCAUGGAUGGAUUCCAAGUCACUUCCUCCAUUGAAAAGAUCAUUUUUUGAUUGGUCAUUGGCUUGGUUAGGGAGAGAAUUGUUGGCACUUCCUAUUUGGGUGGCUGCGAUAGUUGGUCAUGAGAUCGAUUGGAGAGGUAGACCAUUCAGAAUAAAGCAAGAUCUUACUGCUGAAGAAUUGUAA